CCAACACAUACCAGUAUUCACAGUGGUCACCAGAAGUGGUACACUAUACCGUUCAGCGGCCAGUGCGUUCCCAACUGUUGUGUUUGACGCGUGUGCAUCAGGACUGAAAUAAGCGAGCUCUGGCGGUAUUCAACAUGACGCGGCGAAAAAGUGUGUGUUCAAAGUGGACUUUAGUUUUAGUUUUAUUUGUGUGUCCGUUAGUUUACUCGCGACCGCAAGAACCUAUUACGACCGAAUUAAGUUCCGAAGAAAAAACUACAGAUUCUCCUCUAAGACAAGCCGCGCCAGAGACUUCAGAAGAGACUUCCAAAACUGUGGAGCUACCUGCUGUUGUUCCAGAAACUAUAAGUACUUCAAGAAACGUCAAAAAUAAAUCUCCACUGAUCGGCGAAUCUAUUACAAAAGUUGCCAAUCAGCUAUUAGAUAAAGCACCAGCAAACGAUUCUUCUGAUGCAGCACUCCCUGACACAAGAAUCCCACCCAAACUCAAAACACAGUUGGCUCAAAAACAUAAGAUCAGAACAAGGAACGAAGACGGUGAUGAACAGAAUGAAUAUUCUCAUGCUGGUGUCGCAGUGCCUGUUACUAUGGAAGAGCUUGAAAAUGAAAAUAAAGUACCUGCUAUUGAAUCAUCGACGUCCAACGAAGGUAUAUCAACUUGGAUUUUAUUGAGUAAUCCACCUAAUAAGGAAAAUUCUACAACGGAGCCUACUAAAAUUGAAGAUAAUAAGAAGCCGAAGCCUACAAAAAAUAAAACUAAAAGACCACCAACAAAACCAUCAUUACCUAAAAGACCUAUUGUGGGGAGCACAAAUAAAUCAGAUUUAGUUGCUAGCGGAUCAGCUAUAAAUGAAAAUGUCUACAACAAAAUUAAAGAUACAGUUAUGACCAACGUGCAGAAAAACAAAAACAGUCCACCUCGAACUACAACUGUUACAACAACAACUCCCGUCGCUCCUACUGAAACAACGAUAAAAAAAGAAGUAACUAAAGAGCCAAGCGUGGUUGUUCCUGUAAUAAAAGUAACUUCUAAGCCUGGUAAAAAGAAGGAAAAAAUUAAGUAUAAAACUAGUACUACUUUGGCAUCUAUUCCAAGCGAUUCGGCGAUGUUGCCCAUGGAACCAAAAGAACAAGAGAUUGAAUUGGAAGUUAGUACACCAGCGACUACAACGAAAAAGCCGAAACGAACUUCACUAAAAAAGAAGACUAAAACAAAGAAACGGAAAACCUCUAAGCCCAAGCCCACUGCUGCAACAGCUGUGACAGCAGAGCUUAAAACUGCAAACAAAACUAAAUCUACAAAAACAAAUAAGAAGCCAACUACUGCUACAGGACCCUUCACAAGCCAAAUUUACAAUUACUUUUCAAGGGAAGUAAUGCCUUCUGUUGGUGUUGGAGUUAUUGGUUUAGCUGGAUUAGUUGGGCUUGCUAGCUAUUUCUUAUAUCCAUUCGCAACUCCCGUACGACGAACCUUUGAAGUUGACAAAAAAGAUGAUAUUUACAGAAAUAAUGCCGAAGAGUAUGCCAACGAGGGCAAUGGCCAACCUGAAGAAGAAAUGUUAUCAACCGUAAUAGCUGGUAUGCCUGCGCAUGCAAAGCAUAAAUUGAAUCCAUAUGCUGCACAAACUGCUUACACAAGUAGAUAUCCAGUUAAAAAAGAUCAACAAGAUAUUCGCUAUAGGCACGUUGCAACAAAAUAUGAACCAAAUUAUAAUGUUCACUACCCCCAACAAAAAACAGGCAUUGCACAUGGCGCAGUUUAUAAUGAGCCACUGAAUUACCACCAACGUCAUCAGUAUGAAACAAGACAUGCUUACACUACGUCAUAUCCCGCCGUGGAGCCGAUAUAUGCUGCACCACAGACAGGUCCAUCAGACAUAUCUUCAUAUGGAAGCGACACUUCGGGAUCUGUUGUAUAUGGUGUAAAACCAUCGGCUGAUACUGACUUUAAACCGGUCUACCCGUAUGAUACCCAAUUCUACAGCGAAACUACAAGUAGUGCUGUAACGCAUUCCCCAACAUCAAUGUACCUUGGUUCUAACAAUGAGGCUGAGGAAUCAAAUAAUAGUCAAUAUACAGACGAGACGGAAGUAGACACAGAAAAUGGUGACAAUAAAUUUGUAGUUGGAAACGUGCCUAAAGAACUAUCCGAUUCAGCAACACCAGCUGUUGUCCCCGAGCAUGGCCCAAGGAAGCUAAAUAGAAAGCGAAGAAGUUCGCGCAAUAAACGAGGUAUUGCCAUCGAGGAAGUUUUGGAAGCAGCAAAAGAAAAGGAAAAAGAUGCUUUUCUGAGUAAUGAAAUCGAUGAUGCUCAAAACAUGUCACCCAUGAAUUUGCCAUCUCUACAGUACCUACCAAUAGAGGAAGAAAAGAUUAAGGAAAAGGUAAUACCAAUUUACGCUGUUUCAGUAGAUCCAAAAGAAACAGAAGCAGAUACGACUACAAUGAGAAAUGACAUUGUAGAAAGCGUAUCAACGUUGCCUGUAGAUGAUGCGACAAAUGAAAAAACUAAAGAAACUGAUGUAAACAAUGGUUCAGAAUUAUCUACUAGGCCCUUUAGAGUAUAUGAAGUAUAUUCAACAGAAAAAAGUAGUGCCUUAACAAACGAGGCGUCCAACGACGAAACGAGCGAUGCAUUUAACACAGAAACAACCACUGAAUUCAAAUCUGAUUCAUCUACAGGUGUUCCUUCAAAAUCGCAAACUACAAGCGCACGACCAACCCUUUUCCCAGAAAUAUUAACAUACCCGCCCCCGUCUAACGGCUCUGGAUUUUUCGACUUUUUACAGCGGCUCGUAGAUUUUAAGUAUAGGUUAGGAUUAAGCAUCCUUCAAAGCACUUCCAAUUCAUUGAAUAAAUAUUUGCGAGGUAUGGAGGAGUCACUUAAGAAUGCAUCUAAACCACCCCACUAGGCUAAUUAACUCUACCUAUCGAACUGCAUUUAUUAUUGGAUCGUAACUUUAUCUAAUUCAAUUAGAUCUUCUAUAGCGUGUAAGGUUUUGGAGAGGAAACCCGCCUUUUACUAAAGUCUCCUUAAAUAAAAAAUUGCAUGCUUGUUAUAUAUUGUUAUAUAAGCAAUGUUGUACGUUUAUCAAUUGUCAUUGAUAUCUUGCAACAAA